AUGGCAGCAUCCAUUUACCCUCUAGUCGUGAAAUCCUUCUGUUCCGAUAACCACGCCUGCUGUUUUGUGCCGCAACAGGCGAGAGUUUCAACCUGGAUGGAUACCGGUACGAAAAAGACUCAGGCAACUGCGUUCUUGAGCGUUUCUAGUUUUGUUGCAGGUAAAACGCUCGCACAGCCGAGACUACGUAGGCUGCUUCACGGCGGACGAGGCCUUUCUUUCAGAGUACACCAACGCCCAAGUCGAGUCUGGACACUUGUAGCCUCGCUCGAGCAGCGCGAGUCGGGUCGUAAGCUAGAUUCCGCUACAGAGGCUGUCCAGAAGCUGUACAACGCAUACCCGUUUCCGCCGGAUCCGCCUACGAGCGGGGCUCCACCAGGCUAUAACUGGCGCUGGCACUACCCCACGGCGUACGCUUUUUGUGCCAAGGGUCGCGUUCCAGCGACAACGAAAGUUCGUAUUCUGGACGCCGGCUGUGGAACCGGCUGCGGCACGGAGUAUCUGGUUCACUUGAACCCGCAGGCAGAAGUGGUUGCUUUUGACCUGUCGCCGACAGCCCUGGCGACUGCACGUGAGCGCCUCGAGCUGUCGGUCCCCGAUGCCCGGCAUCGCACCAGCCUGUACUGCAAGUCCAUUUUCGAUCUCGAGGACGGAGAAAUAAGCGGUCGAUUUGACAUGAUCAAUUGUGUCGGCGUGAUUCAUCAUACACCAGACCCAGCCAGAGCGCUGCAGAUGCUGGCGGGAAAACUAGCCCCCGGUGGCAUCCUGCAUGUUUUCGUCUACGCCGAGGCAGGUCGGUGGGAAAUUCGUCGGAUGCAGGCAGCGAUUGCCCUGAUCCAAGAGGCUACCGGCAGCAAAGGGGAUUAUAAAAAGGGAGUCGCCCUCGGUCGGGCACUCUUUAGGGCGCUUCCGGACGAGAAUCGCUUAAAGAAACGAGAGAAUGAGCGAUGGGCACACGACAACCGCUCCGAUGCCACAUUCGCGGAUAUGUAUGUCCAUCCAUUGGAACACGACUUCGAUGUACCGUCCGUCUUGGCGUUGGCGGAGAAAAGCGGUCUGCGAUUCCUGGGCUGGUCGAAUGCUCGAAACUUUGAUCUAGACCACUUGCUGGGGAACGAUCCCGAGGUACGUCAGCUUGUUCAGGGGCUCAGCGACGCGGAGCGGUGGAGAUUGGUGGAACUUCUCGAUCCCGAGCGCAUCACGCACUUUGAGUUCUUCCUAGCGCGCGACCCGUUUCCCUCGACAGAGCCCACGGAUGAUGAAAUCGCUGCCAGCAUUCCCGAAUGGAGCGAAUGCGCGUACGGCGCCCCGUCUGAACUUGUCCUCGAUCGCGAUUAUAGGCCGGUGUCGCUGAGCGCGGCACAAGUCGCCUUUGCAAAGCAGAUGGUCGCUGACGCUUCGUCAGGUGGGGCACUGUCGAAUCGGCGAAGAACUCGUGAACUCAUGGAGGCGAGUGGGUGCACUUUAGACCAAGUUCGCAUGCUCAUACGAGCUGGCCUGGUGCACAUCCGCGCACCCUAG